ACUUCUUCCUCUUGUGACAAUUCUAGAGCUGGUUUUUAACUAACAUCCAAUUGUAAGUUCGAUCAAUCCUCUCUUAUUUUCAUCUGCGAAGUUAACCUAAACCUUAAAAAUGGACGCGAAUUUGCUCAACGAUUUGGAUUCACCUCACUCGAUGGGGACCACCAUCAUCGGCGUCACUUACAACGGCGGCGUCGUUCUCGGCGCCGAUUCUCGAACCAGUACAGGAAUGUAUGUGGCUAAUAGGGCCUCAGAUAAGAUCACUAAGCUCACUGAUAAUGUCUACGUGUGUCGUUCGGGUUCGGCAGCAGAUUCGCAAAUUGUUUCAGACUAUGUUCGCUAUUUUCUACACCAACACACGAUACAGCUUGGGCAGCCAACAACUGUUAAGGUUGCAGCAAACCUUGUCAGAUUAUUAGCCUACAAUAACAAGAAUAUGCUUCAAACUGGGCUUAUUGUUGGUGGCUGGGACAAACAUGAAGGAGGUAAAAUAUAUGGGGUACCCCUUGGAGGCACAAUAUUGGAGCAGCCUUUUGCUAUUGGAGGAUCAGGAUCUUCUUAUUUAUAUGGUUUCUUUGACCAAGCAUGGAAGGAAGGAAUGACCCAAGAAGAAGCUGAGAAAUUUGUGGUCAAGGCAGUGUCUCUUGCCAUUGCGCGGGAUGGUGCCAGUGGUGGCGUAGUUCGGACUGUUACUAUUAACUCGGAAGGGGUAACUAGGAAAUUUUACCCAGGCGACACCCUUCCAAUAUGGCACGACGAGAUGGAGGCACACAAUUCACUUCUGGACAUUUUGCAAACCAGCAGUCCCGAGCCGAUGGUCAGUUGAGAUUUGAGAAAGGAGCAUUGGUUCUAGCACUUGUUUGGCCCAAGAGAAACUUCUUCAAAAAACUCUUUUUCCUUUUAUAAGAACUAUUAAGUUAAGGCUUAUUUAAAACGCCCUUGUUAUGUUUGGUUGGAAGCAUAUUAAAAAGGCUUAUUUAGUCUGCUAUUACUAGUUUUGUUAAGACAUGGGAAUUGGAAAAAUAUUAUUAAUCAAAAUGAGAUUUAGAGAUA